CAGCAGAAUUGGCAAAGUGUAUGAAUUGAAGUGUUAAUGUUAUUGUCUCUAUUGUCAAAUUGUUCCCUCCUGUUUAUAUUCUCCAUCACUUGUCGUAGGGUAUUGAAUGUGUUGUGAAAUUGAUCGUACGCGCAGUUUUGUGUUUUGGUUUUGAUCCAUUGUGAAGAUGUCUACUAAGACUGUGUGUUUCAUGUAAACAAAUAAGAAAAUUUGUAAUUUUCUCAUCCAAACGAGUGCACAUUAUUGUUUUAACUGGUGCUAGGCCUAGGUGAAGUUGACCAUUUCACUGGAUCAAGACAUCGCACUGUGAUGUCUUUCCAAGGAAGUUCAUUUCAUUAUCAAUGGCAGUGUUUGAAAAAGAAUACAAGAAGAGAAAGGCUUAUCUAGAUGAUACACAACCCCUUUAUUGCACAUUUCUCAAUGUUCAAAACAUUCAUGGACACAUUGAAUAUAUAAUAAGAGUGCAAAGAGGUCCGACCAACGACAAUGUAUGGCACGUUUACAAGCGUUACAAUGACUUUGUCAGUUUGCAUCAAGCCUUGCAAUCGUCUGCUCUCAGCCUGCCUCUUCCUCCGAAGAAACUUAUCGGCAACUUUGACAAAGACUUCAUAGCUGAAAGACAAGCGGGAUUGCAGCGAUACGUUAAUUACAUACUCAUGAAUCCGAUUUUGGCAUCUUCACUUCCUGUCAAACGAUUUCUGGAUCCUGAUAAUUACAGCUCGUCAUUCCAUGAGACGGCUCUGCAGCAUGUGUCGAUGGUGCUGCGAGGCGAGGUGGACUACGAGAUGGUAAAGGCGUUGCCGGACAUCGGGUGGCGGCUGCGGAAACACUACUACCAAGUGAAGCGACGCAGCAACGCCAAGGAGGAACUACUACUGUCUUGGGUGGAGUACGGCCCAGACAAGUACCUCACUGACAAGGAGCUCAACACGGUGCUCAAGGGGCUGGCGACUCUACAGCACCCCAACAUCGGAGGUGUUGAGAUGCUCGCCUGUCAUGACGCAGGUGGCUACGUCGUCCGCAGAUUCUCACCCGAUGGCAGUCUGCGCGACACAGUCUGCCACUGCAAGCCCAAGUUGAGCUUCCUCAAGAAGUAUUCCAACCCUCGACUGCGCAGUGCCUUGCCUCUCGCUCGCGUUGUUUCUGUUGCCACACAGAUCCUGCAUGGUCUCAAGUUCCUGCAUGACAAGGGCAUACCUUACGGCCAUCUUCACCUCGGCAACGUGAUGCUGCAGAACGACGUUGUGAAGCUCGUCGAGAUAGAGAACGGUGUGUUGGGUCUGCCGUCGUUCUAUCGGCCGUUCUUCAUGCAACACCGCAAGAUAUCCACACUGGAAGCUGUAGAUGUGUACUGCUUCGGUCACGUCCUGUACGAGAUGACCUUCGGCCAUCCAUUACAUGAGUCUGUCUGUGAUAACCUCCCACCCAACUGCCCCCCUAUUAUCAGGCCGGUCCUGGAAUCCAUACUGUCGUCGUGUGCCUGCAAGACAGGUAUGCCUAGUCUGCUGUCGCUGUUGUCACUACCUGUGUUCAGUGGACAGCCUCCUAUAGACCACUGCUACUUCAAGCUUCCCUCUCACACCAGAGAUGCUCUCAAGGGUGCCUGCCAGCAGACCGAUGCCCGCAUCAAGGACGAGCAGAAGAAGAUAAGACAUCAAAAAAGACUGGUCAAGAUGCAAGAGGUUCUUAACACAGAAGAGGAAAGUGUGAAGGACAAGAAGAAACAUAGAGUGAAAAGAGAAGAUAAGUCGCUGGAGGGAGGGCCGUUGGUGAAUGGCAACGGUUUGUCGCCGGAGAGAUCCGACAGUCCGAACAGUACGAGCACUGCGACCUCGGCUGGCACCAUAACUCCACCCUCAGGUCCACCCCCUCUCCCACCACCAGUUGCAGCUGUUGCGGUGGACAACUCACGCAACGCUCUACUCGGGUCUAUCUGUAACUUCAACAAGUCCUCUCUGCGCCGGACCAAACCUCAAGCUUAACCUUCAACUGACUGGCUGCUCUGAAGAGUGCUAUUUGGCAUGAAAAGUUUAAAUUUUAGUUCUUAUUAAGACAUAAAAACCAACUAUAAUUGUUAUAAAAAAAUAAGUAGAAUUCCUUAAAAAAAAUUAUUUUGUUGACUAAGUAAUUGUUCAAUGUUUUAAGCUUAAACAGAAGUUGAGAUGAUUUACUUUAAGAUAAGGAUGCACAGUUUUAUUCCUUUUAUAUGAACUGAGGAGUAGUAGUCUCUUUAUAAUAUUUAAAAAUAACAAAAGCUUUAAUAUUUUUAAUGUUUUAAUGUGCAGAAAACUCUUAGAAGAGCACAGGAACUAGAUGGUGCAAUUAUUUAAUACGAUAUUACAAUUUAAAGUUUUGAUAUUUUUUGUUAAACCGAAUCCAGUUGUUUUUUAUUUAUAUAUUUUAACAAUGUUUUAAAAUUAUUUCAGAUUUUAUUUUUUCUUAUUAAAAACUAUUGUCAACUAACAGCUUUCAGUUGGCAAUCUGUUUCGAGUACAAUUUUUAUUGGUAAGUUUGUAAACCAAAGUCCUAUAUUUGUACAAUGGUAUGGUAAGAUAAGGUAUUUAAUUGUUUUUAAUAUAAGACUUGGUUUAUGUAGUCACUGUUAUAAAUAUAGCACAUGUUUGAAGCUACAACAGCUAUUCUAGGAGUGUUAAAGUCAUAAUGGCAAGUCAUGUUGUUAACUGAAAUAUGAAAAAUGGUUUAACCCUCUUAUGUGUGUUGCUGAUAAAAUGAUGUUAAUGAAAAACUUUAGGUUUUACCAGGUUUCUACCGUAAAUUCUGGGGCGAUUUAUUCAUUGGAUGAACUACAUGCCUAUUGUAUUUGUAAGCAGGUCUAGGGGAGAAAGGGACUUUGAUCCCCGAGGUCCCAGGUUAAAAUCCUGCAAAUCACUAAUAGAUUUUAUGCAAGUGAUAAUGACACAAGUAUUUCACUUUUUUAAUUUUAAACAUAUUUUCCUCUAUUUUCUUUUUUUAUGAGUUUGCUUUGCAAAGCUGGCUUUGGAAUGGUGUUUUGGUUUGAAAAGUCGGAAAUGUAAAUUUUGCUCUUUUGUUGAAAUUGAGUGUUUUCAACAAGUAAAAUCCUGG